GUCCCACACCACCGUAGAGGACCUGUCUGCUGUGUAGGUCCCCACACCACCGUAGAGGACCUGUCUGCUGUGUCAGGUCCCCACACCACCGUAGUGGACCUGUCUGCUGUGUCAGGUCCCCACACCACAGUAGAGGGCCUGUCUGCUGUGUCAGGUCCCCACACCACCGUAGAGGACCUGUCUGCUGUGUCAGGUCCCCACACCACAGUAGAGGACCUGUCUGCUGUGUCAGGUCCCCACACCACAGUAGAGGACCUGUCUGCUGUGUCAGGUCCCCACAGCACCGUAGAGGACCUGUCUGCUGUGUCAGGUCCCCACACCACCGUAGAGGACCUGUCUGCUGUGUCAGGUCCCCACACCACCGUAGUGGACCUGUCUGCUGUGUCAGGUCCCCACACCACAGUAGAGGGCCUGUCUGCUGUGUCAGGUCCCCACACCACCGUAGAGGACCUGUCUGCUGUGUCAGGUCCCCACACCACAGUAGAGGACCUGUCUGCUGUGUCAGGUCCCCACACCACAGUAGAGGACCUGUCUGCUGUGUCAGGUCCCCACAGCACCGUAGAGGACCUGUCUGCUGUGUCAGGUCCCCACAGCACCGUAGAGGACCUGUCUGCUGUGUCAGGUCCCCACACCACCGUAGAGGGCCUGUCUGCUGUGUCAGGUCCCCACACCACCGUAGAGGACCUGUCUGCUGUGUCAGGUCCCCACACCACCGUAGAGGACCUGUCUGCUGUGUCAGGUCCCCACACCACAGUAGAGGACCUGUCUGCUGUGUCAGGUCCCCACACCACAGUAGAGGGCCUGUCUGCUGUGUCAGGUCCCCACACCACCGUAGAGGACCUGUCUGCUGUGUCAGGUCCCCACACCACCGUAGAGGACCUGUCUGCUGUGUCAGGUCCCCACAUCACCGUAGAGGACCUGUCUGCUGUGACAGGCCCCCACACCACCGUAGAGGGCCUGUCUGCUGUGACAGGUCCCCACAUCACCGUAGAGGACCUGUCUGCUGUGACAGGCCCCCACACCACCGUAGAGGACCUGUCUGCUGUGUCAGGUCCCCACAGCGCCGUAGAGGACCUGUCUGCUGUGUCAGGUCCCCACAGCACCGUAGAGGACCUGUCUGCUGUGUCAGGUCCCCACAGCACGUAA